CAGCGAAGUAAGCAGGUCAAAGGUCAAGGGGGAAAUGUUUCCGGUGUCGCUGGGGUCGUUCAAAGAGGGAGUGAAUGCUUUAAGACUUGAAAAUGCUGUUACGAAGGGCGCUGCACAUCGGAGGUUUGGCGCUGAAGAACCACAGGUCCAUCCAUCACAGCGCCGGAUGGAGGAGUCCUCUCAUACCCAUAGUAGUGGAGCAGACGGGUAGAGGAGAACGAGCGUACGAUAUCUAUUCCCGUCUCCUGAGGGAGAGAAUCAUAUGUGUCAUGGGUCCUAUUGAUGACUCUGUCGCCAGUUUGGUCAUUGCUCAGCUGCUUUUCCUACAGUCAGAAAGCAACAACAAACCCAUCCACAUGUACAUCAACAGUCCAGGAGGUGUUGUGACAGCAGGCCUGGCCAUCUAUGACACCAUGCAGUACAUCCUCAACCCCAUCUCCACCUGGUGUGUGGGUCAGGCAGCCAGUAUGGGCAGCCUGCUCCUCACCGCAGGGACCAAGGGCAUGAGGCAUUCGCUGCCCAACGCUCGCAUCAUGGUGCACCAACCUUCAGGGGGGGCCAGGGGUCAGGCUACAGACAUCGCCAUCCAGGCCGAGGAGAUCCUGAAGCUGAAGAGACAGAUCAAUAACAUUUAUGCCAAACACACCGGUCAGCCUCUGGAAACCAUCGAGAGUGUGAUGGAGAGGGACCGCUACAUGAGCCCCAUGGAGGCACAGGACUUUGGCCUCAUCGACAAGGUCCUGGUCCACCCCCCCCAGGCUGGACAGGACGAACCUGAGCUGGUGCAGAAGGAGCCCCUGGAGACCAGUCCGUCUCCGGCGUCAGAAUCCACAGCCCCUGAGCAGACCUCGUCUGGAGCCAACCCCCCCUCCUCCUACAAACCAGAGCCAUGAAGGCCCCUCCCACAGCUGGUAGAGCUCCGCCCAUUCAGGGUCUUGGCAUUUGGGUCUGUGUCCUAUGGGGCUCCUUUCCUCCUCCAACAACUGCAGGUGCAGGCGACACAGUGGAGACGGCGUUUGACUGAUUACAAAUGUCAGUUGAGUUGUUUUUAAGCUGUUGAUUCUAUGAAAUGAGUCAGAAAUAACAGUGUUGACCAUGAAGAGUCUGGUUUAACUGCACACACACUGCUGGAGUUACUCAACUCUCAUCACAUUAGACUUAUUUGGAGGGGGGGGGGGGGGGGGGGGGGGGGGUGUUGGGCAGGAUUGUGCAGACUUCUACCUUCUGUACUGCCUUUCUGCAGAGACGUCAUGUAUGGAGAAGAUCUGUAUGUGAAUAUUCAUUGUAAUAAAUCUUUUGAAUCACACUUCACCAAA